CAGGACGGCCGGGCUAUGUCGGCGGCGGCCGCGGCCCGGGCCGGGCUCGGGCUCGGGGAGGGCGCGGGGGGACCCUCGGGGGGCCCCUCGGGCGGCGGCGAUGGCGCCUGCGGGACCCUCAAUCGCUUCGUGCAGCUGCCGGCCAGGCCGCGGGCAGCGGGCCAUCGCUGUCCCCCUGCCCGGAGCGGCCAUCGCUGUGUCGCCGACAGCUCCAACCUGUACGUGUUCGGGGGGUACAACCCCGACUACGACGAGUCCGGCGGCCCCGACAACGAGGAUUAUCCCCUCUUCCGGGAGCUCUGGAGGUACAACUUCGCCACAGACACCUGGCACCAGCUGGGCACCGAGGGAUACAUGCCCAGGGAGCUGGCAUCCAUGUCCCUUGUCCUGCACGGGAACAACCUGCUGGUGUUCGGGGGCACCGGGAUCCCCUUCGGAGAGAGCAACGGCAACGACGUCCACGUCUGCAACGUCAAGUACAAGAGGUGGGCCCUGCUCAGCUGCAGGGGCAAGAAACCCAACAGGAUCUAUGGACAGGCCAUGGCCAUCAUCAACGGCUGCCUCUACGUCUUCGGGGGCACCACCGGCUACAUCUACAGCACCGACCUGCACAGGCUCGACCUCAACACCCGGGAGUGGGUCCAGCUGAAGCCCAACAACAUGUCCUGUGACAUGCCCGAGGAGAGGUACAGACACGAGAUCGCCCACGACGGGCAGAGGAUUUACAUCCUGGGAGGGGGAACCUCCUGGACAGCCUAUUCCUUGGACAAGAUCCACGCCUACAACCUGGAAACCAACACCUGGGAGGAGAUUCCCACCAAACCCCACGAGAAAGUCGGUUUUCCAGCAGCCAGAAGGUGCCACAGCUGCGUCCAGAUAAAAAACGACGUGUUCGUGUGCGGGGGCUACAACGGGGAGGUGAUCCUGGGGGACCUCUGGAAGCUCAACCUCCAGACAUUCCAGUGGGUGAAGCUGCCGGCGGCGAUGCCGGAGCCCGUCUACUUCCACUGCGCCGCCGUCACGCCCGCCGGCUGCAUGUACGUGCACGGAGGGGUGGUGAACAUCCACGAGAACAAACGGACUGGCUCCCUCUUCAAGCUGUGGCUGGUGGUUCCCAGCCUGCUGGAACUGUGCUGGGAAAAGCUCCUGGAAUAUUUCCCCCACUUGGCCGCCCUGUCCCGGCCUCAGCUCCUGCACCUCGGACUCACCCAGGGACUGGUGGAGCGGCUAAAAUGAGGGAUCUGCUCCCCCCUCCGACCCCCCCCGCCCCGAGAUUCCCUGUGCUGCAGAAGCCCCUUCCCAGCCUUAUUUAUGGACACCCUGGAUCGGUGGGAAUGCCGGCCCCGGAGCCUCAUCCCGCAAAUCCGGCGCCGCCUUCCGGGACCUUCGGAGCCCUGUUGGGAAAACAAACAGACAAACAGACAAAAAAAAUCCCCUUUUUAUUUAUGGAGCUCCCACAUCCCAAAACCUUCCCUGGGACUCAUCCGACCAUCCGGGAUUAAUUAGGGAGCUAAUUAAGGAACGUCCGCCCGCGCUGACUGACGAGGAACGGUCGCCGCACAACCACCCCCCCCAGCUGCUCUUUUCCCGGGAUAACUCAUCCCUCCCUCCUGGCUGAGCUCCCCCUCUCCCAUCCCAGCAAUCCCUCCUGAGCUCCCCCUCUCCCAUCCCAACAAUUCCCAACAGUCCCUCCUGCUUUUUGCACGUGUCUCCCGGGCCGUAUUCCCGCAGCUUUCCCCGGAGCAGCGCUUGGGAACAACCCCCCCUUGCCCCUCCUGGAGAGGUUUCCUUGGAAAACCAGAGGGAAAAGCUGCCCCUCCACGGAGCUGGAGCAGGAGUGGGGAGGGAGAAGCUUUGCCUGAGGCUGUCUUUGAACCUUUCCUGCCCAUGGAAUGAGCCCCAGGAAAACUCACCCCGUGGAUUUCAGGCUCCAAACCUCCCCCCAGCUCUCGGCCUCUCCCGGCUUUUCCGCUUUCCCUCCUUCCCACACGUCAUUCCCGGCCCUUUUCCUCGUGUCGUCGCCGUCCCUGCUCCCUUUAAAACCAGUUUUAAGCGUGGAAAGGCCCAGGAAAUCCCGGGGGGAAAGAGCAGGGAGAGGGAUCCAAGGGAGCAGGGAAGGAGGGACUCCACGCUCUGGACCUUCAGUUCGGCUCCGGAGCCCGGAAUUCCCGCUAAAUCCUUCCUUUUCCGUCUCAGCCCAUUUUUUUAAGUGCCUUUUCUUUUAAACAUCAGCUUUUCCCGCUCACCCAGGGCUGGGCUUCCAGCUCCAAACUGGGCUUUUAGUUCCCUUUCCAGAGGCUGCAUUCCCAUCCCAAUAAACCGGAGCGGCGUCUCCGCGGCG